GUGUGACGACUGACGACUGAGGUCUGACGAGGCGUAAACCUCGCUGACUCGCCCUGCCGCCGCCCCGCCCCGCCCGCGCGUUCUCCGCCGUCGUCCCCGGAAGGAGUGGAGGAGAUGGAGGAGGGAGAACAAGUACGUAUGCACUAUAGUCGGUGAUGUAGCACUUCGCAAGUACUGUCGAAAGAAGCUUGUUCCACUUGACUCCAACCGUUUUUUUAGUUUUAAAAAUAGUACCAUUCCAACUAUUCUUUCCUUAUCUUUCCUUUCCUUUUUCAAAAACUUGUCCAGUAACUUUUAUCACUGCCCACUAACUUUUGGGUAACCCGUAACAAAGCAGGAGGGAUGCUUGUGUUAAGUUCAAUUCUAUAAUGACAAUGAGAGUAUGAGUAUUAAAUGCAUACAGGGGAAAGCUGUAUUAGAAGGUAUAAAUGAAUAGCUAUACAGACUGCACUACUUGACUUUACUGUAUUGGAUAUAAUGGUGUAAAGUCAAUCGGUCCAUUUUCUGUCCCUAAGUGGAGUGGGUGCGCUUACUCUGUUCACCAGGUUUUUGCCUCAGGGCAUGUGGAUCUGUUAGUUCACCUGCUGCAAGCAAGUAUAGCUAUAGGGUUGACCAGUGCAGAAGUAUGAAUCCUUACUUUGUUGGGAUUCUUGUCCCCGUCGCGGUCUCCCUGCUGCUCCGCAAGAGGAGAAAGGCCCAAAGGAUGAGGGGAGUGCCAGUUGAGGUUGGUGGGGAGCCUGGAUAUGCAGUCCGUAACUAUCGUUUUGAACAACCUGUUGAGACACACUGGGAGGGGGUGUCCACACUUGCUGAUCUGUUUGAGCAAUCUUGCAAAGAGUAUGUAUACAUGCCACUCCUUGGCACAAGGAAGCUCAUUUCAAGGGAAACUGAAGCAGCACCUGGUGGGAGAUCGUUUGAGAAGCUGCAUCUGGGCGAGUAUGAGUGGAAGUGUUAUGCAGAGUGCUUCAAGAGCGUUUGCAACUUUUCAUCUGGACUAAUUAGAGUAGGUCACCAGAAGAAUGAACGUGUUGCUAUUUUUGCUGAGACACGGGCUGAGUGGCAGAUUGGGUUGCAGGCAUGCUUCAGACAAAACAUUACAGUUGUCACCAUCUAUGCCUCAUUGGGGGAGGAAGCUUUGUGUCACUCACUAAAUGAGACUGAGGUCACUACUGUAGUUUGUGGUCAGAAAGAACUAAAAAAGUUGAUUGAUAUAAGUGGGCAACUUGACACUGUCAAGCGUGUUGUCUAUAUCAAUGAGGAAGGCAUCUCAACUGAAGUUUCUUUAGCUCAAAACUGCACUAGCUGGAUAGUUGAAUCAUUUGAGGAAGUAACUAGGUUAGGAGCUGAAGCACCUGUUGAAGCAAACAUGCCUCUACCUUCCGAUGUUGCGGUGAUAAUGUACACAAGUGGUAGCACCGGAUUGCCCAAGGGAGUUAUGAUGACCCACCGCAACGUCCUGGCUACACUCUCAGCAGUCAUGACCAUUGUGCCUGCACUUGGCAGUAAAGAUAUAUACUUGGCCUACCUUCCACUUGCACACAUUCUUGAGUUGGCAGCAGAGGCACUAAUGGCUGCUGUUGGGGCCUCAAUAGGAUAUGGAUCACCUUUGACCCUGAUUGAUACAUCCAAUAAAAUAAAAAAGGGAACUCUAGGUGAUGCUUCUGCACUAAAGCCAACAUUGAUGACUGCUGUACCUGCUAUACUUGAUCGUAUUCGUGAUGGUGUCAGGAAAAAGGUGGAUACAAAGGGUGGUAUAGCAAAGCAAUUGUUUGACAUUGCCUAUAACCGUCGGCUUGCUGCAAUCAAUGGAAGUUGGCUUGGUGCCUGGGGACUGGAGAAACUCUUGUGGGAUACACUUGUGUUUGGAAAGGUGCGUGCUAUUUUGGGAGGAAAGAUUCGGUUUGUACUUUCAGGUGGAGCACCUCUAUCUGGAGAUACUCAGAGAUUUAUCAAUAUAUGCCUUGGGGCUCCAAUAGGGCAAGGUUAUGGUCUGACUGAAACUUGUGCUGGAGGGACAUUUUCAGAGUAUGAUGACACAUCUGUCGGUCGUGUUGGUGCUCCACUACCUUGUUCGUAUAUUAAGUUGAUUGACUGGCCUGAGGGUGGAUACUUGACUGCUGAUUUACCAAUGCCUCGGGGAGAAAUUGUCAUUGGAGGUCCAAAUAUAACUAAAGGCUAUUUCAAGAAUGAAGCUAAAACAAAUGAAGUCUACAAGGAUGAUGAGAAAGGUAUGCGAUGGUUCUAUUCUGGAGACAUCGGACGGUUCCAUCCAGAUGGCUGCCUUGAAAUCAUUGACCGUAAGAAAGAUAUCGUGAAGCUUCAACAUGGCGAAUAUGUAUCUCUCGGGAAGGUAGAGGCUGCUUUGAUUGUGAGCCCAUAUGUGGAGAACAUUAUGAUCCAUGCUGAUCCUUUCCACAAUUACUGUGUUGCUCUCGUGGUGGCUGCACACAUUGAGCUGGAAAGCUGGGCUUCGCAGCAAGGAAUCAAAUACAACGAUUUCUCAGAUUUGUGCCAGAAGCAAGAGGCUGUUAAAGAAGUGCUUGGAUCUUUAGCAAAGGCUGCGAAGCAAGCGCGACUUGAGAAGUUUGAGAUACCAGUCAAAAUCAAGCUGAUACCAGAGCCAUGGACCCCCGAGUCGGGACUCGUCACUGCUGCCCUCAAACUCAAGAGGGAGGUGAUCAGGAAGACGUACGAGAACGAUCUGGCUGAGUUGUACGCAUGAUGGUUCUACUCUUUUUGAUACGUUUAGUGUGGAAAAUGUGUAGAGUGUCAAUGUCACGCUGAGAUCUAUGGUAAUUUGAUACCGAUUAUCGUUCUGGGAUUAUUAUUAUUAUUUUGUUCAGUUAGAGGAGAUAUAUAAACCUUGAAGUUUUGAGUUAUAUGGCUUCUCUUGAUGCCGAGAAGCUAUAUUGCGAUGAUUCCUAUGUGUUUAGGAUAUAACGCUUUCGAAUUCUUAUUGCGCUUGUUCAUCUCGUACCUUGAGGUAACUACUGGUAUUGCUGUC